AUGGCACUUAUUCGGUACAGCGGCGAACUCUACCACAGCUCCGUCAUCGCCUUGAACCUGGUUCACACGUCACUGCUGCGCUGGACGGUGGGCGACGACACGGCGACAAUCAAGCUCCGGGUGCGGCCCCAGAGGAACCUGGAGGAGUCUGUCGAGUACGACAAGAACUCGCCCGAGGUGAUCCAGCGGCAGCUGGAGCGCUUCACGUUCGGAGCCAUGUCCCUGGCCAUGAUGACCUCCGCGAGCGGCCUCUUCCCCGUUGUGGACCGCACAAGCGGCUGCCGCCAGCUGCAGCUACUCACGGGCCUCUCCAUCCGCAUCUACUGGCUGGGCAACUUUAUCUUCGACUACGUCGUCUACGCAUUGUCCGGCUGCACCUUCUGCGCUACCAUGUUCCUCUUCUUCGGCGCGUUCUUCAUCGAGAUGAUUCAACCCAUUCUGUUUAUCCUGAUCGUCUACGGCAUGUGUGCUGUGCCAUUUGCCUACCUGCUGGCGCUAGGCGCGAACACUCCAACGACCGGCUACGCCCUUGUCCUGCUGGCGAGCUUCUUUGGUGCGUUCAUGGCGAGCGUAUCGAUCACCGCCCAACUGGUGACGACGGCCUCGAGUAUCUGGUUCGUCCUGCUGAGCCUACUUCCCUUACUGCGCCUGUUGCCUUCCUUCUCCUUCAUGUCGGCAUUCCAGAAGGUCGUGUCCAAGAGCCAGAUCGCCUGGAUCUGCAGUCGAUCGACGUUGCACAGUUACCGCCGUGUUUGCAUCGAGCCGGUGGAAGGCUUCAGCGUGGCGGUGCAGGAAGAGCGGCAGAACAAUGCAGACUUCGUGGAGUAUUGCUGCCCGGAGUUCAUGGCGUUGGGACACACUAAGGUUCCGGACUUCCAACCGAGCGUGUUCGACGUCGUCGAGGUGUUUUUCAUGCUUCUCGAGGGCGCCAUCUUCUUCGCGCUACUCCUGUACCUGGACGGUGGCGGUUUGAGCCGCUUCCGAGAAAACGACGGUCCCAUGCAGAAGGGCACUCGCAGAGUAGCGCCGGUUCACACAACAAUGGAAGAAGACGUCGAGGCCGAGGAGGCCCGCGUACGUAGCCAGGCGCUCGACAACAAGCUGGAGACGGACGUGGUAGCCAUCCUAGAGUUUUGCAAGGUGUACCGCAAGCGGCUGGUCGUCAACGGCAUCUCGUUGGGCGUCGCCGAGGGCGAGGUGCUGGCCCUGCUCGGAGUGCCCGGCUCGGGGAAGAGCACGCUACUGCGCAUGAUCGCCACCGACGUGCCUCAUGACCGAGGGCGCGCGCUGAUGAAGACGCCACGGGGAACCAUUACCAUGCACAGCGCACCGGCUCGCUGGCAGGCUGGCCUGGGCUACUGUCCGCAGCAAGACGGGCUGCUCGAGCAGCUCACGGGCGCCGAGACGCUGGCGCUGUUCGCCAGGCUGCGGGGCGUGCCGGAGACCAAAGUGGUCGCCGUGACGCGGGACAUUGCAAACCUCAUGAGGCUGGGCUCGGUAAUCGGCGACUACGUCGAAACGUACAGUGGCGGCCUGCGUCGACGCCUCUCGGUCGGCGUUGCGCUGGUCGGUCUGCCGCCCCUGGUGCUGCUCGACGAGCCGACGGCUGGCGUGGACGUAGCCGCCCGGAGGGACAUGUGGCAGUCGGUGCGCGAGCUCCAGGAAGUGGCUCGUUUAUCGGUGAUCAUGACGACGGGAAGCAUGGAAGAAGUGGAGGAGGUGUGUGACCGCUUGGCCAUCAUGAUCGACGGUGAGCUGCAGUGCUUAGGUUCGCUGUCGCACCUGAAGGCCAAGUUCGCCCAGGGCUACACGAUGGCCGUGAAGAUGCAUGACGAGUACAAGGACGACUAUGAGUACGGUAACAAGCUCAUCCGGGCCAUCGCUGACACCUUCCCCGACAGCAAGAUACAGCAGUCGUUAGAGGGCUUUCUGGAGUACCACAUGGCAGACACGGGCCUUCCGUGGAGCGAAUUGUUCGCGCAGGCCGAGUCGAUCAAGCGCAAGCACAACGUCCUCGAACUCUUGAUCAGCGCCACCACUCUGGACCACGUGUACGCGGCUCUGGCCCGUUGGGAGCGCGGCCGCGCCCGCAUGAUGGCGGCCGCAGCUUCGCACGGCGCCGACGAAGAAAACGAAGAGGACUAACUCGAGCCGGAGAUCGUCGGCCAACUUCGUUCGUGGGUGGUUUAGCGUGCGCGCGGACAGGAACAAAUGCGAUGGACCGAAAUAAGUGCUGCAGGACCGCUAGCGUGGACGUCGAACGCUGGUUUAAACUACAGGUCCUAAAACACGCGAUAUUGUGACGCUCCUCCAUUCCGCAAUUUUGCGAGAUUUCCUUUUUCUUGUUUGGUAUUGUGCUGUGCUGUUCCUGAAACGUGAUACCCGCGUUGAUGCCUCACUUUAAAUGUUUACCCAAAUACCUGCGAAGCAGUUUGAUUCCUAUUGGGAUACAAGAAAUGUUGGCGUAGUUGUUCGUGCGAUGAAGUUAAUUUCAUUCUGAUUUCACUGCCAAGCGCUUUUUGUAAUGUGUAUGGGAUACCUUGGCCACUACCGGGCCGACAGCAGAAAAACAUACAUGAAAAGGACUUGCAUGUGGGCAUUUUACAGAACAGUGGCGAAUAAUUCUGACAUGAUAAACUAUUAUUACUUGGCGGAGGUCAUUGUGGUCAUGGGCUGGCAUAGAUUUUACGACUGCAUUACGCUGCACUUUGUGGUAUGUGGCGGUACACGCCCAUGUUGCAUUGUGUUUCCGGCACUAUACGUGGUUAGCAAUAUGUGAACACUACAUACAUACUGACGCACUGUUUGUUAGGUAUAAUAUGGACUUGUUAGAACGAAGCCAAUCUUUUUCUACGUAUUGCUGCUUUUCUUAGGGCUUUCUGGCACAGUUUGCUGGUAUGCAAUUAAAUGAUGCCACAUUGUAUGGUCACACAUUCAGAUCCGAAAAUCCCCGCAGCUUUCAGUCAGUUAAAUUACGGCUUCUCUUAGCAAGGCUGGCUUGGCGUUUCUCGCUCCUUAAAGGAUACCGCACGACAGCGCUUCCGUUUUGGAACAUCUUGGAAAAGGCUGAAAAUUUAAUACUUGAUAAGUACUAUUAACUACGCCAACGUAUCCUCGCGCAUAGCGACUUCUACCUUCCCUGUCUGUUAACUUUUCUCUAGUACUUGAGUUAUUCAAUAAAGGAAAUAAUAUACGGACAA